GAAUUUUUUUUUCACAUUCGCCCCCCAACUCUCACCGAAAUACUAUUUCUGUUGCUACUCCUGCUUGUCGCUUUACAUUACCGCCUCAACCUUAGCCAAUCGCCUCUUCACUGCCGCCUGCCUUUUCGCUAUCGCCGAUUCAUUUCAAGGGAUAAGGCUCUACUCCUCCCGAGUUUACUUGCUGCAUUCUUCUCCCCUGCAACUAGAUCGUGGUGGUUUUGGGUAUUAGGUUUGUUAACUGCUGAUUCGUAUUUUGGGUUUGGUGCUGUUCCUCGCUGUUUUGAGUUAAAUCUUGAGUUCCUUUGUUUAUUCUCGCCGAUUGCUCGAUUCGUUUUGCUCUGUGAGUUCGCUGAUUGGGUUGAUCAGGCCUCUCUAGGCUUGGCUUUCGGGAAUCUCUCCUUUGGAUGUGCUAGAUCUUUGAACAGAAGGCCGCAGUCGAAUGGAUCUGAGUGAUAAAGGCUCGGAUUGCGAAGGGGUAAGUAGCCAGUCCCCGCCCCCGGAUAGGGUUUCCCCUAGCGGCUCUACUGUCAAAACUUGUGCUGAUUGCGGAACCUCCAAAACCCCCCUAUGGAGAGGCGGUCCUGAUGGCCCGAAGUCACUGUGCAACGCAUGUGGGAUCAGAAGCAGGAAGAAGAGGAGGGCUCUUUUGGGCGUGACGAAAGAAGAGAAGAAGGGCAAGAAGUCAACAAGUGGGAAAAACUCAAGCAGUAACAGCGGCGGCAGUAGCAGCAGCAGCAGCAGUGGGGAGAGCUCAUCGUUGAAGAAGAAGCUAUGGGCAUUCGGGGGGAGGGAAGACGUGGCGUUGCAGAGACCGCGAUCGAACACUCCCCGGAGGAGAAAGCUGGGGGAGGUAGAGCAGGCUGCGUUUCUAUUAAUGGCUUUGUCAUGUGGCUCUGUCUAUGCAUAGAUAGCUUAGCUUAGCUUAGCUUAUUAGGGUUUUGGUCCUCUACUGACUGUACUUUGCUGCUCUGCUGUAGCUGUUUGUACUCUGAUGACGAUGAUGAUGGCAUAGUAUAGUAUAGUAUAGUAUAGUAUGAAAAGAAAUCAAAGAGAGUGGUCUAAAUGGGCUUCUCUCGGUCAAAUGUUGUACUCUGUUGGUCAGCAUUUAUUAGAAAAGAAAAUCAAUUUUAGUGCUA